AUGCUAACACUUAAAAAAGUUGUGGUAAAAUAUUCGUAAAAAGAUCAACUUCUACAUGAUACUAUUGGAAUUUUCCACUUAAUUCAAGUUAUUUUUCUUUUCUUGUUAUUAAAUUUAAAUAAUCAUCAGCUUCAAAAAGGUUCAAAUAAGAUGUAAGAGAUAGCAACUCUUAUGCUUAAAAAUAAAUUUAAAGGUUUUCCGGAUAAUCGAUAUUAAUAAAUCGUAAGAAUGAUUAAUAUUACAAAAGGUUUAGUGUUUCAAUAACAAAGGAACUUUAACCAGAGACUAAAGAAACUGCACUUAUAAUUAUUGCUCCAAUCAUAAAUGCUUUGUUAGAUGA